GAGUAGGCAACCUUUUUAGUGACGAAACACUUGGCAUACCAAAAUUCCGAAAAGAAAUUAGCUGUGAAUAAAAACAUAGAAUAUUUUUUCAGAAUAUUUUUCACAUAGAAAAAAUAGAAUGGCGAGAAUGCCGAAUGCUUGGUCUAAUAUUUUGGACAUUUUUCAACAAAAACUACGUAAUUUAAAACAAAUUUCACGCGUCAAAGACUACUCGAGGCACGUGCUGACCAGGUCGCUGCUCAUAAGGCCCGCGCUCAGUGAUGCUAUCAAAUCUUAUAUGGCAAAAGUGGCUGUCGCUGUGCUCUUUUCGCGCCAUAAGCAGCCACGUCGCUUAGCUUGCACUGCCAAAGCGGAGAAAGAGGCCGCCAAUAAGUUGCCUAAAUAUCAGGCAAAGGAGGCGAAACAUUGGUAUCCAGAUCCGGAGUAUUUAAGACAAUUCGAAGGCGCUUAUAUUGACGAUGAUGGGCCACCUUUCGUACGUUGGACGGGUAAAAUGAAUGUGCCACCCGAUCGCACUUACCGCACGAAGUUCAUCAAUUUCGGACCUGCCCAUCCAGCGGCACACGGCGUUUUACGUAUGAUCUUGCAGCUAGACAAUGAAACCGUACUCUCUGCCGACCCGCAUAUCGGUCUGUUGCAUCGUGGCACGGAGAAACUCAUCGAAAACAAAAUGUACAUACAGAGUUUGCCUUAUUUCGACCGGUUGGAUUAUGUGUCGUGUAUGUCGAAUGAGCUCUGCUAUUGUUUGGCCAUUGAGAAACUACUCGGCUUGCAGGUGCCGAAGCGCGCGCAAUAUAUACGUACCAUGUUUUCGGAGAUCAUGCGUCUGACCAACCAUACAGUCGCUUGCGCUACUGCUGUAUUGGAUUGUGGCGCUAUAACGCCACUCUUCUGGAUGUUCGAAGAGCGAGAAAAGUUGUACGAGUUUUGUGAACGCGCUUCGGGUGCGCGUAUGCACUCCGCUUAUAUACGGCCGGGCGGUGUGGCUUUCGACUUACCAUUCGGUUUUUGUGAUGACCUCUACGACUUUAUUUGUCGCUUUCGGCAUCGUAUUGAUGAAUUCGAGGAUGUCGUAACGGACAAUCGUAUAUGGCGUAUGCGUAAUAUCGGCAUCGGGCGCAUCACAGCACACGAGGCCAUGAAUUAUGGUUGCUCCGGCGCCGUGCUACGUGCUACAGGUGUCAAGUGGGAUUUACGUAAGACACAGCCUUAUGACGCAUACUCCGAAGUAGAGUUCGAUGUGCCGGUUGGUGUUAAUGGUGACUCUUACGAUCGUUACUUAUGUCGCGUGCGUGAAAUGCGUGAGGCAUGCAAGAUUAUCAAUCAGUGCUUGAACCAGUUGCCGGAGGGCGAAAUAAAAGUGGAUGAUAGGAAAGUAUGCCCGCCAAAGCGGGUAGACAUGAAAGUGGGCAUGGAGGAGUUAAUACAUCAUUUUAAGUUGUUUACGCAAGGCUUCGCAGUGCCGCCCGGUGCCACGUACACAGCUGUGGAGUCGCCAAAGGGCGAGUUUGGCGUUUAUCUGGUCUCGGACGGCACAAGCAAGCCGUACCGUUGUAAGAUACGUGCAGCAAGCUAUCCGCACUUGGCGCUCAUGAAUAAGUUGACCUACAAACAUUUGCUGGCCGAUGCGGUGGCCAUAAUCGGUUCAUUGGAUAUAGUGUUUGGUGAAAUCGAUCGUUGAAUGAGUAUGAAAGAGAUGUGCGAGUCAAAUGCGAAUAAAAUGGAGAAAACCUGAUAAUUUCUUUAACGAGCUUCUUGCUCUAAUUUUGA